GAAAGCAAAGAGACUGUGCAUCAGUUCUAAAAUCCAUACCAAACACAAAAGGGAAAGAUGGCGUCUACACUAUUUACCAGAUAUGAAGACAAGGAAACUGGUGUACUGUGACAUGACUACAGAGGGAGGGGGUUGGACGGUUAUCAAUAAGAGGAUGGACGGAUCAGUAGAUUUUUAUAGAUCCUGGGAUUCGUACAAAGAAGGAUUUGGUAAUGUGGAGGGAGAAUAUUGGUUAGGAAAUGAAGCCAUUCACUUACUCACUAAAAGGAAAGAACAUGAACUGAGAGUGGACCUUCAGAAAUUUACGGGUGAAAAAGCCUUUGCCAAGUAUUCAAAGUUUACUGUCGGAAGCGAGUCCCAAAAGUUCAAAUUAACAGCAACUGGGUACAGUGGUACUGCAGGUGAUAGUUUGGCGUGGCAUAAUGGAAGGCCGUUCUCCACGAAGGAUGCAGACAACGAUUCUUCAAAGAAGUAUGCCUGUGCUGUUCGUGGUAAAGCUGGCUGGUGGUUUAAUUCUUGUGAUAACUCUAAUCUGAACGGACCUUAUCACAAAUCUGCAGUCAAAUCGGAUGUUAGUAUUAACUGGGACCACUUUGGAAAAGGUUUUUCCUUGAAAACUGCAAAAAUGAUGACCAGGCCCGAUCUUAACUUCUCCUACGCACCUGAUCCCUUUGUUGCUUUGUACGCUAAAUCUAGGGAUGCAUGCACACCAACGGACUUGUUUCGGAUGCGAGAGAUGACCAAUAACUACGGAAAUGAACACAUUCACUUAAUCACUAAAAGAAGCCAAUGUGAACUGAGAGUAGACCUUCAGAAAUUUUUUGGCAAAAAGGCGUUUGCAAAAUAUUCAAUUUUUACUGUCGGAAGUGAGUCCCAAAAAUUCAAAUUGACAGCCACUGGGUACAGUGGUACUGCAGUUAUCGUACAAGUGCCUGCAGACACAGAAGAAAAUAUGGUUUUAUUCAAAAAUAAUUUUGUGGUACUGUGUUUCUUUCUGCACUUUUCAACUACAUGUUGUAUUACUCCGCAUUCCCAUCUACAAGGAAAUGUUGAGUCUCUACUGAAGUUAACUCGCUGGAACUGGAAACACCUGAACACAUCAGUCAAAGUGGACACCCCAGUCUCUGUCGACAUUUCUCUUCUGUCUCACUAUAGACUCACUGGAAAACACUUUAACAAGUAUCAGAAAGUCCAAAAGCAAAGAGACUGCGCAUCAAUUCUAAAAUUCAUACCCAACACAAAAGGGAAAGAUGGCGUCUACGCUAUAUACCCGGAUAUGAGGACAAAGAUAUUGGUGUACUGUGACAUGACUACAGAGGGAGGGGGCUGGACGGUCAUCAAUAAGAGGAUUGACGGAUCAGUAGAUUUUUAUAGAUCCUGGGAUUCGUACAAAGAAGGAUUCGGUAAUGUGGAGGGGGAGUAUUAUUUGGGAAAUGAAGCUAUUCACUUACUCACUAAAAAGAGGCAAUAUGAACUGAGAGUGGACCUUCAGAAAUUUUCUGGCAAAAAGGCUUUUGCAAAAUACUCCAAGUUUUCUGUCGGAAGCGAGUCCCAAAAAUUCAAAUUGACAGUCACUGGGUACAGUGGUACUGCAGGAAGUGUUGAGUCUUUACUGAAGUUAACUCCCUGGAACUGGAAACACCUGAACACAUCCGUCAAAGUGGACACCCCGGUCUCUGUGGACAUUUCUCUUCUGUCUCACUACAGACUUACUGGAAAACAUUUCAAUAAGUACCAGAAAGUCCAAAAGCAAAGAGACUGCGCAUCAAUUCUAAAAUUCAUACCCAACACAAAAGGGAAAGAUGGCGUCUACGCUAUAUACCCGGAUAUGAAGACAAAGAAGCUGGUGUACUGUGACAUGACUACAGAGGGAGGGGGUUGGACGGUUAUCAAUAGGAGGAUGGACGGAUCAGUAGAUUUUUAUAGAUCCUGGGACUCGUACAAAGAAGGAUUUGGUAAUGUGGAAGGGGAAUACUGGUUAGGAAAUGAAGCCAUUCACUUACUUACUAAAGGGAAAAAACAUGAACUGAGAGUGGACCUUCAGAAGUUUACGGGUGAAAAAGCCUUUGCCAAGUACUCCAAGUUUUCUGUCGGAAGCGAGUCCCAAAAAUUCAAAUUGACAGCCACGGGGUACAGUGGUACUGCAGGUGAUAGUUUGGCGUGGCAUAAUGGAAGACCGUUCUCUACGAAGGAUGCAGACAACGAUUCUUCGAAGAAGUAUGCCUGUGCUGUUCGUGGUAAAGCUGGCUGGUGGUUUAAUUCUUGUGAUAACUCUAAUCUGAACGGACCUUAUCACAAAUCUGCCGUCAAAUCGGAUCUUAGUAUUAACUGGGACCACUUUGGUAAAGGCUUUUCCUUGAAGACUGCAAAAAUGAUGAGCAGGCCCGUAAAAUAAAUAAAUUAUUG